UGCUCGCCUGUCUCGCCGGAGCAGGGAGGCCGAGACGCGGGCCUAGGGCGACCUGUUCAAGGUCACGGGCCGUACCAGUCUCCGCCCCUCGAGCCCUGCGGCGUGCCGGGCCCACUGAUGCAGGCGGGGCCGUUACACUAAAGCCUGUGGCCGGCCUGCCGUCUCGAAGAGGGCUGGCGGCGAGCGAGGGCGGCUUCCUGGAGGAGGUGGUGGCGGGCCCAGGGUUCGGAGGCUGGAGCUGGGUCGCAGCCCGGCCGGGGCGCUGGUCUGUGGCUGUCAGUUCCUUGCUGGAGAAUUUGUCCACAAAGAGUUGCCAAGAUAGCUGGGCCAGGAAGAAAGCGCCGUAGCCCUGACCCAGACACCGUUGCCGACCCCGGGGCACUCUGGCUGUCACCCAAGCGGCUCAAGAUGUCUGGUGGGGCCAGCACCACAGGCCCAAGGAGAGGGCCCCCAGGACUGGAGGAGGCCACCAGUAAGAAGAAGCAGAAGGAUCCAGCAAACCAGGAGAACAAGGAUGGAGAUCCUAGGAGAGGUGGGUCAGCAUUCACUCGGGAGGAGCCGACCAAAGACGAGUUGUUGCUUGAUUGGAGGCAGAGUGCUGAUGAGGUGUUUGUCAAGCUGCGUGUGGGAGCCGGUCCCCUGCGGCUGGAGGAGGUAGAUGCUGCCUUCACAGACACAGACUGUGUGGUGCGGCUUCCAGGUGGUCGGCAGUGGGGUGGUGUUUUCUAUGCUGAGAUAGAAAGUUCUUGCACCAAAGUGCAGGCUCGCAAAGGUGGCCUCCUGCAGCUGUCACUGCCCAAGAAGGUGCCUCUGCUCACGUGGCCCUCUCUCCUGAAGAAACCUCUUGGGACCCAGGAGUUGGUGCCAGGGCUGCGGUGCCAGGAGAAUGGGCAGGAGCCGUCUCCUGUUGCCCUGGAGCCAGGCCCUGAGCCCCGCCGGGCUAAGCAGGAGGCCCGGAACCAGAAGCGGGCCCAGGGCCGUGGUGAGGUAGGCGCAGGGGCUGGCCCUGGGGCCCAAGCAGGGCCCAGUGCCAAGAGGGCUGUGCAUCUCCACAGAGGGCCGGAGGGGGAAGGGUCCAGAGAUGGCCCUGGACCCCGGGGUGAUGCCCCCCAAUUCCUGGCUGAGCCGGCCACCCAGGCUGAGGCUGAGGAACAGCUCCGUGUACCACCACUGAACCCCCAGACCUGCCUCCUGGGCUCAGAGGAGAAUCUAGCACUUUUGACAGGAAAGAAGGCAGUAGCCCCCAGGAAUGACCCAGUGUCCCCAGUCAUGGCCCGGAGCAGAGACUCUGAGAAAGAUGAUCGUUCCAAAGAGGAGAUGGCAGUGGCAGCAGAUGCUGCAGCCUUGGUGGAUGGUAAAGAGCCCAAGUCCAUGGUGAACCUGGCAUUUGUCAAGAAUGACUCGUAUGAGAAGGGGCCGGACUCAGUGGUGGUGCACGUGUACGUGAAGGAAAUCUGCAGGGACACAUCUCGAGUGCUUUUCCGCGAGCAGGACUUCACGCUUAUCUUCCAGACCAGGGACGGAAACUUCCUGAGACCGCAUCCGGGCUGUGGGCCCCACACCAUCUUCCGUUGGCAGGUGAAGCUCAGGAACCUGAUCGAGCCAGAGCAGUGCACCUUCUGCUUCACGGCCUCUCGCAUCGACAUCUGCCUCCGCAAGCGGCAGAGUCAGCGCUGGGGGGGUCUGGAGGCCCCAGCUGCACGAGGUGCAGUGGGUGGUGCAAAGGUAGCCGUGCCGACAGGUCCAACCCCUCUGGAUUCAACCCCACCGGGAGGUACCCCCCACCCCCUGACAGGCCAGGAGGAAGCCCGGGCUGUGGAGAAGGAGAAACCCAAGGCUCGAUCUGAGGACACAGGCCUAGAUGGUGUGGCAGCCCGCACCCCCAUGGAGCAUGUAGCCCCAAAGCCAGAGCCACACCUGGCAUCGCCCAAGCCCACAUGUAUGGUGCCUCCAAUGCCCCACAGCCCGGUGAGUGGAGACAGCGUGGAGGAAGAGGAGGAGGAAGAGAAGAAGGUGUGUCUGCCGGGCUUCACUGGCCUUGUCAAUCUAGGCAACACCUGUUUCAUGAACAGCGUCAUCCAGUCUCUGUCCAAUACUCGGGAGCUGCGGGACUUCUUCCACGACCGCUCCUUUGAGGCCGAGAUCAACUACAACAACCCACUGGGGACUGGUGGGCGUCUGGCCAUCGGCUUUGCUGUGCUGCUCCGGGCGCUGUGGAAGGGAACCCACCAUGCCUUCCAGCCCUCCAAGUUGAAGGCCAUUGUGGCGAGCAAGGCCAGCCAGUUCACAGGCUAUGCACAGCACGAUGCCCAGGAGUUCAUGGCUUUCCUGCUGGAUGGACUGCACGAGGACUUGAACCGUAUUCAGAAUAAGCCCUACACGGAGACCGUGGACUCAGAUGGGCGACCUGAUGAGGUCAGAGUUGGGGGCGGAGGUGGGCAUGUCUCAUGCACGUCCCCGUCCCCAGGUCUCCUCGGUUCUCACCACUCUGCUCCUCAGGUGGUAGCUGAGGAAGCCUGGCAGCGGCACAAGAUGAGGAAUGACUCUUUCAUCGUGGACCUAUUUCAGGGACAGUACAAGUCGAAGCUGGUGUGCCCCGUGUGCGCAAAGGUCUCCAUCACUUUUGACCCGUUCCUGUACCUGCCGGUGCCCUUGCCACAGAAGCAAAAGGUUCUCCCCAUCUUCUAUUUUGCCCGGGAGCCCCACAGCAAGCCCGUCAAGUUUCUGGUGAGCAUCAGCAAGGAGAACUCCAGUGCAAGUGAAGUGUUGGACUCCCUGUCUCAGAGUGUCCACGUGAAGCCUGAGAACCUGCGUCUGGCUGAGGUGAUUAAGAAUCGCUUCCACCGUGUGUUUUUGCCCUCCCACUCACUGGACACUGUGUCACCUUCCGACACACUCCUCUGCUUCGAGCUCCUAUCCCCAGAGUUGGCUAAGGAGCGGGUGGUGGUGCUAGAGGUGCAGCAGCGCCCCCAGGUGCCCAGCGUCCCCAUCUCCAAGUGUGCAGCCUGCCAGCGGAAGCAGCAGUCAGAGGAUGAGAAGCUGAAGCGCUGUACCCGUUGCUACCGCGUGGGCUACUGCAACCAGCUCUGUCAGAAAACCCACUGGCCUGACCAUAAGGGCCUCUGCCGCCCUGAGAACAUUGGCUACCCCUUCCUGGUCAGUGUACCUGCCUCACGCCUCACUUAUGCCCGUCUUGCUCAGCUGCUAGAGGGAUAUGCCCGGUACUCUGUGAGUGUGUUCCAGCCACCCUUCCAGCCUGGCCGCAUGGCCUUGGAGUCCCAGGGCCCUGGCUGCAACACACUGCUGUCCACUAGCUCCCUGGAGGCUGGGGACAAUGACAGGGACCCUGUUCAGCCACCGGAGCUCCAGAUGGUGACCCCUGUGGCUGAGGGGGACACAGGGGUCCCCCGGGCCUGGGCAUCCCCUGAUCGGGGCCCUGUGCCCAGCACCAGUGGAGUUUCUUCUGAGAUGCUGGCCAGCGGGCCCAUUGAAGUUGGCUCCUUGCCUGCUGGUGAGAGGGUGUCCCGGCCUGAAGCUGCUGUGCCCGGGUACCAACACCCAAGUGAAGCCAUGAAUUCCCACACACCCCAGUUCUUUAUCUAUAGAAUUGAUGCAUCCAACCGAGAGCAGCGGCUAGAGGACAAAGGAGACACCCCACUAGAGCUGGGUGAUGACUGCAGCCUGGCUCUAGUCUGGCGGAACAAUGAGCGCCUGCAGGAGUUUGUGUUGGUAGCCUCCAAGGAGCUGGAAUGUGCUGAGGAUCCAGGCUCUGCUGGUGAGGCUGCCCGUGCUGGCCACUUCACUCUGGACCAGUGUCUGAACCUCUUUACGCGGCCUGAGGUGCUGGCACCUGAGGAGGCUUGGUACUGCCCGCAGUGCAAACAACACCGCGAGGCCUCCAAGCAGCUGUUGUUGUGGCGCCUGCCGAAUGUGCUCAUCGUGCAGCUCAAGCGCUUCUCCUUUCGCAGUUUCAUCUGGCGUGACAAGAUCAAUGACUUGGUGGAGUUCCCUGUUCGGAACCUGGACCUGAGCAAGUUCUGUAUCGGUCAGAAAGAGGAGCAGCUGCCCAGCUAUGACCUGUACGCUGUCAUCAACCACUAUGGAGGCAUGAUCGGUGGCCACUACACUGCCUGUGCACGCCUGCCCAAUGAUCGCAGCAGCCAGCGCAGCGACGUGGGCUGGCGCUUGUUUGAUGACAGCACGGUGACAACGGUAGACGAGAGCCAGGUCGUGACGCGUUAUGCCUAUGUACUCUUCUACCGCCGGCGGAACUCUCCUGUGGAGAGGCCCCCCCGGGCAGGUCACUCUGAACACCACCCAGACCUAGGCCCUGCAGCUGAGUCUGCUGCCAGCCAGGGACUAGGCCCUGGCCAGGCCCCUGACGUGGCCCCCACGCGGACAGCCCCUGAACGCUUCGCCCCCCCUGUGGACCGCCCAGCCCCCACCUACAGCAACAUGGAGGAGGUCGAUUAGCAGGUCCCUGGCUGGUGGGGGGACUGGGUUUGGGGGAUCCCCCACAGAGGGCCAGCUCUUUGACGCUUCUCCUUCUCUAACCUAGAGGACACUGGCUUCGUCAAUGGGGAGUUGGGGGGGGUAUGAUUUGAGGGUGGAAACCUCACUCGUUGGGACCUCUUGUCAACUUGACCCCCCCAGCCAGUGGGCCUUGGCUUCUCUAGCCAUGCCCAGUGCUGUGUGAUUUGAUUCUAAGUUGUACCUUCAAUUCUUUCUGACUCGCAUUAUAAACAUUAUAAUUUUAUUCUAAAAAUUGUAAUUUUUUUUUUGCAUUUUGGAAGUGAUUGCUGCUGUUUAAAUAUAUUUUAAAAAUAAAUGACAAAUAAGCAGA